AUGUCCACCACGCCCACCUCCCACGGCGCACCGUAUCACCAACAGCUGCAGAGCCACAUCGAAGCCCUUCUCAUUCUCUUUAUCCGCGACUUCUGCGCAGAAGGAGCGAGUCCCACCCGCAGCGGCUACCGCGCCUCUCACCUUCAAGCCAUCGCCCAGACCUUCUAUGUGCUGCAGAUAGUUCAAUGCAGUACCGCUGCGCGGUGCGCGCAAGAGACACCUUACUCGCUCCUCCAGACAGGCGGCGGCACAGGACGUCUCGACGUGUGCACGGAGCGUGACUUGUACUACCGCAACCGGCCACUCUUUGCGCCGCGAGGGCAGCGCGCGACCCACGAAAGUAUCAAGCGGCUAUGCGGUUGGCUCGAAGUUGUGGCGCGUGUGCCUCCUCAUCAACAGCGUGGAGAAGGACCUGUGCUGACUUCGCUCUUUCGAAGUCCUCGCUGCCUUCUGUCACGGCCGUGGAAGGGAACUCAGGGCGCGGCGUCAAGGACGCCGCUCUACACGCGCGAGUCGCUAGGCAUUACAGCCGCUGGUAAGAGUCUCUUGGCCGGUGCAAUCACGCUGGAGCUGUGUGAUCCAGUGGAACUGAUUGACGUGUCCGCGCACGGUUCUGUGGGCAUCACGCUGACGUACUCCCUCGCGGCCCGUAUGGUGGGGUGUCGAGAGACUGGCGUCUGGCAAGCAGCACGUAACGGUAUUUCAUCGAGCCGGCCGUAUAAGCUUGUCCUGAUUGAGAAGGAGAGUGUUCAUCAUGCUGUACUGCAGUCCAUGAUGAAGAGCGGCACUCCGCGCACGUACUCGUGGAUCCUUCUGUGCACAAAAGGAUACCCGUGCGUUGCCGCCCGGGAGUGGCUGCGUCGUGUUCAUGCCCUGCAGCCCGCCCUGCAGCUCUACAUCAUGGUUGACGGGGACCCGCAUGGGCUGGAUAUCGCUCUGACAGUCAUGGGGCUGCUGAGCUCGAAAGGAUACCCGUCGCCUAUCGCGUCCUCACAGCCCAAGCCUACCUUGUCCUCCUUUUCGUCCCUUUCCGGUACCACGCCUGCAUCUGCAGAGACAGCGAAGGUGAAGGAGCUGCUUCCGCUCCGCUUCCUCGGUGUGUGCCCUUCCCUCGUGUGGAGUUGCAGUAUCGAUAGCGAGGCGCCUCUCACCGCCGGCUUCCUCGGUGGUCUCACCUCCUCACAAGGCAUUCCCCUUACAAUGCAUGAUGUGCAGGUACUCAAGCGGAUCACUUCAAUCGUGCAGGCCGCGUUGGCAUCGACACCAGAGGCGUCAGACAGUGCUACGUCGCUCAGAGAGUGCGACACGGCCAUCGUACGCCACACCCUCCAGCGCGUACUAAAGGAGGCGGAGUGGAUGCAGCGAGCCCGGAUCAAGUGCGAGCUUCAAUUCGCCUGCGGACCCAUCGGCCCACUGACAUUCAUGGAGCAGCACGUGCAGCGGUGCGAUGCGGAAGUGAGUGAAGGAUGCUGA